UAACUCUGGAAUCCUUCUUCUCCAUUGGGCAAUCCAUUCAAUUCCAAGCGGGAAACGUCAUUCUCUGUUUAUCCGAAUCCGUUUUCACGAGAUAAUGGCUCGUAACCACAGGAGAUCGUUGAUCUUCUUCUUUGUUCUUUCUCUGCUCGCAUUGACCUUCUCACCGAGCCUCGGCUCUCUAGGGACCGAGAAAAAGAUAAAAUCUGCAAUCUUUUUCUCACCAAAACUGGUGAUGAAUCCAGGAUCAGUUUCAAAUUCUUACUUAUUUGAUAUCGAUUUCCCAAGAGGGCAUAUCGGCCUCAAAAGUUUCGAUGCUCAAGUGGUUGAUGAAGCGGGCAAACCCGUCCCUCUACACGAGACAUAUCUGCACCAUUGGAUUGUCGAACCUUACUAUGUGCGUAAAGGUUCUAAACUUCCACAGCAAGAAAUGUUUAGGAAUCACGGAUUUCAAAGGCAAGAUCCCCGAAGCAGUCUUGGUUCUAGUUCGGAUAUUAUUCUUGUAAAAAACGGAGGGUUGUGCAGGGGUGCAGUACUCAGACAUUACUUUGGGUCAGGAUCAGAAACCCGCAAAACCUCGACGUAUAUUCCUGAUCCUUACGCAGUUGAAAUCGAUAAUCCUGAGGAGAGACCUGAGGGUUAUGAAUUCAAAUGGCUUCUCAACAUUCACGCAAUAGACACCAGAGGUGCGGAAGACAAGACAGGAUGCAUAGAAUGUCUGUGUGAUCUAUAUAAUGUAACCAUUGAUGAGUACGGUCGAGCUAUAGGACCUGGCUACAAAGGAGGUUUAUACUGCUGCUAUGAUAAGACUCAAUGUCGGGUGAAAAGCGGAUUUGACAAUGGGGAGAAAACAAGAACUCUGUUUUUGAAGUACACCGUGAGAUGGGUUGAUUGGGACAACACUGUUUUGCCCGCUAAAAUUUAUAUUCUGGAUGUUACAGAUUCUUGGAAAAAAACAGAGGGAUCAAUAGGAGAUGGCCAAGAACAUCAUUGCCAUGUGGAAUACGAGGUGAAACCGUGCAAAACCAAUGGCGAUGGAUGCAUUGAUGUCAAGAAAAAGAGCUUAAUGAUGCCAUUUAAUGGGUAUAUUGUCUACAGCGUAGCUCACCAACACGCGGGUGGUAUAGGUGCAGCUCUGUACCGAGAGAACGGUGAAGGAAUAUGUACUUCGAUACCAAAGUAUGGCAAUGGAGUUGAACCUGGAAACGAAGCUGGUUACAUUGUUGGAAUGUCGUCUUGCUAUCCUGCCGAUCCAGUGAAAGUGGACUAUGGAGAGACAUUCACUUUGGAGGUUAAUUACAGUAAUGUCGUUGGUCAUACCGGCGUUAUGGGACUCUUUUACAUCGUCGUUUCUCAGCAGCUGCCUGAACCAGAGAGCUCCUUGCCUAAUCUUUUUCAGGCACCUGCGAGUAGCGUGAGCUUCUUAGCAUUUUUGGCUGUGACAGUGGUGGUAGCGGUAGUGGUUCUAAUAUCCGCCGUGAUAUACAGGAGACAGAACCGGGAAGAUGGUUACCAAUCUCUUAGUACAUGAAAAAAGAGAGUAAAACCAUGUCGACUUCAUGUUUUACUUGAAAGUGAAGUUUGUUUGUAUACGUCAGUAACUUUUAUUCAUACAGGAAAAGAGAAGUUUGUUUUGUAUACGAAGAAUUAAGAAUAAAAGAUCAUUUUGUUACCAUCUUCCUCUGAUGUGAUAUUAUUUCUGUAACAGUUACGUGUAAGAACUUUGAACUGUCAAAUACAUCACAUUCACACGAUA